AUGUGAAUGAGAAGGAAAUCGGUAGAUGGAGAGAGGAGAGAGAAAAAUGAAAGCGUAUGCGGUUUUGGGGCUGCUUCUUCUUUCGACUUUUGCCGGUGACGUAUCGGCACUUUCGGUCACGGUGAACGAUGUUGAAUGCGUAUACGAGUAUGUACUCUAUGAAGGCGAUACGGUUUCAGGUAACUUUGUCGUCGUCGAUCAUGAUAUAUUUUGGAGCUCCGAUCACCCCGGCAUCGACUUCAUCGUGUCUUCUCCUGGAGGGAAUGUAGUUCAAACGAUGAAAGGAACAUCUGGGGAAAAAUUUGAGUUUAAGGCUCCAAGAAGUGGAAUGUACCAAUUUUGUUUUCAUAAUCCGUACUCGACUCCAGAGACGGUCUCUUUCUACAUUCAUGUUGGUCAUAUUCCCAAUGAGCACGACCUAGCAAAAGAUGAGCAUUUGGACCCUGUUAAUGUGAAAAUUGCUGAAUUGAGGGAGGCAUUGGAAUCUGUUACAGCUGAACAAAAAUACUUGAAAGCACGCGAUGCUCGACAUCGCCAUACAAAUGAAAGCACACAUAAACGGGUGAUCUUUUACACAAUUGGCGAAUACAUAUUGCUGGCUCUAGCAAGUGGACUCCAAGUGGUUUACAUACGGCGGCUGUUCAGCAAAUCGGUUGCAUACAAUCGGGUUUGAGGCCCUAUAUGUUAUAGAUUAGAACAUGUUCUAACAAGUAUGUGUUGGUUCAUUGUGAUCUUAUUUAUCGUCUUCAGAGCUCUUUGUUGUUUUUACCCUUUUACAAUGAAUGCAAUAUUACAAUUUCCAAGUCUCUCUUUCGGUUUUUAGA